GGCAACUGCAGCUUGCCGUCCGUGCACCAGGAGAGAUUCUUCUUUUAGCGACCGGAACUCUUUAACGUACAAAAAGUUAAAAUCGAAUUGGUGAAUAGAACAGUGAAUCUCGCUUUCUCAUCCUUCUGUAGCCACUGAAGUUUCUGCAUUUUCCUAUAAACGAGCGACAACCCAAUUAUAUCGAAGAAUGUCGAAAAUUAUCUACACUCACACGGAUGAGGCGCCGAUGCUGGCGACCUACUCGUUCCUGCCUAUCAUCCAGACCUUCACCAAGGCCUGCAACGUGAAGGUGGAAACCCGCGACAUUUCGGUCGCCGGGCGCGUGCUCUCCCUGUUUCCGGAUUAUUUGUCCGAGGAACAAAAGUUAGGGGAUCACCUCGCGGAGCUCGGGGACUUGUGCAAGACCCCGGAGGCAAACAUCAUCAAACUUCCGAACAUUUCCGCCAGUAUUCCGCAGCUAGUGGCCUGCAUCAAGGAACUGAAUGAACAGGGGUAUAGUACACCACCAUAAUGAAGAACAAGUGUUUGGAUCGUGUCGCGUCAGUAUUAACAAGUAAAUGUGUAUGUGAAGAAGCGCCAGGGCUCGGCUAAACGGAAUGCAAAACAAAUUUGCAUACGUGCACCGUGAACGGUUCGCGCACUCCCUUUCUUCGCAAAAAAAGGUAUCCCGUCCCUGCCUAUCCGGAGGAGCCGCAGGACGACAAGGAAAAGGAAAUCAACUAUGCAGUGCAAAACGUACAAUUACGUAAACGUAUCGCUCUCGUCACAGAAAUUGAAAUAGAAAUCGUGCCAAGGAGGUACAACUAAACUAUUGAAAAAUAUCCACACAAGUUUUGUUGCCAGCAGUUUUCAGGCAGACGCACAGACACCUUGGUCAUACUUGACACACUUUUCGAACUACGUUGAGUCACACUUUUGAUUUCGUACGACGACCGCGAUACCAUAUUUUUUCCAUCUGGAUAUCGUGGCACGAUACGCGAAAGUGCUCGGGUCCGCGGUGAAUCCGGUGCUGCGACAGGGAAAUUCGGACCGGCGCGUAUGAGACUGCACGAUUUAUUCCCCUGUCCCUCAUUCGUAUGGCAUGAACAGCAGCAGAAAGUCUGGCAAUAGUGGACCUUUUGCAUGACAAAUCGAAGACCGCUUCAAGUGCUCUUAUUUUCGCCUUCCGGUUGAACCUGUCAUGCAAGCAGUGCUAGGUGGAAACGGGUUCUUUGCUUGGUAUUUUGCAUGACAAAUGAGGGUGAGGGGGGGUGUUAUGCACUCUCAUAGCGCGUCGCAGACGCGGUGAAGGCAUAUGCGCAGAAGUACCCGCACAAGCUUGGAAAAUACUCGGCGGAUUGCAAAAGUCAUGUACAGCAACACUUUCUAUACCAUUUUGAUGCAGCUGUUUCUGUUGUUGUUGUUCACAAAGACAAAAAUCAAAACGUAAGGCAAUUUAAGAACACAGCAGCACUCAAUGUCAUGGUCCUCGAGAUGAUGAACUGGUGACAAUAAAAUGCCUGAAAGCUUGUACGGCGUGUGUACUAGUACUAGUGCACAAGUUCAAGAAAUAAUACAACAACCAGGUCUCCCACAUGGAGGACAAGGACUUCUUCAGCAGUGAGAAAUCGAUAUGAAGGCCUCAGAAUGGAAAUCCUCAACGUGGAAAUAAUUUGCAUUGCAUGAAAUGCGACGCAAAAAAGACCGUAUUGCAGAGGACGCAAUGGAAGCCGACUAUUGUCCUGCUACGGGUUAAGAAUCUGAGUGUUGAUUAGCACGAGAGAAGGGCACCCCUUUGCGUUAACCAGCAUUACAGGCAUGCUUUGAGUGCCCGGGAAAUUUGUCAUGCGCCGCCUAGAACUGGCGCUUCUACUGGAAUGCUUUUCUGCAUUACAAACUAUCUCCACUCUGAGGAUUUCCAACCUGAGGCUUUCAUAAUCAACCACGAUGGAGGCCAAUGACACGCUGAAUAUCUCCUUUACCCCCGAGGGCGGUGAGAAGCAAACGCUGAAGGAUAAUCUUCCGGUCCUCGCGGGCGAAGUGAUCGACUGCUCCGUGAUGAGCUGUACGGCGCUGCGGGAAUUCUUCGAGGCGCAGAUGCAGGACUGCAAGGACCAAGGCAUUUUAUUCUCCCUGCACAUGAAGGCGACCAUGAUGAAAAUCAGCGAUCCCAUCAUGUUUGGGCACUGCGUCUCGGUGUUCUACAAAAACGUCUUCUAUGGAUGUGUCAGGAUUGAAAUCGACAAAGUUGAAAUAAUAUCUCAUGCAUAAAUUGCAAGGCAUGAAGUGCCUCUCUUGCAGGGAUGGCAAGUGAGGCAGAUCGUCAGCCUGUUUGUGGGGUUUGCGAUAGAGCCGCUAAAGUAGCAUCACAAAAGACGCCUUCUGUGCCUAAACGGCAUGACAAACUGGCUUUCAACGGUGCCAAAAUUUGUCAUGCACCGCUUGGAAAUUGGGCUUCCAACUGGUAGCGAUUUCAUGCAUUACAAGUUUUUUCAACUUUGACGAUUUCAAUCGUGACACUCCCAUAUCUUCGAAAAGUACGCGGAUUUGUUUGCGGAGCUGAAAAUUACCCCCAACAUAUCCUGUGCAAAAGUAUCGUACUCGUAUUGCAAUAAUGCAUUACAAAUCUUUUCCCUAAGGUAAAUCAGCAUUGCAAAUUUUAUUUCUCAUGCUGAGGAAAUUUGUAAUGCAUUUAUACGAGUACGAUACUUUUGCAGUUCAUACAACAACGGCGUCGGCGACGUGUACGCGAAAAUCAAGGGCCACGAGAAGCGUAUAGAACGCUUUUGAAGAUGUGUGUUUGAUCAAACUUUCAGAAGGCGGAAUCAUCGAACAAAUGGAAUGUAGGAGGGUGUGGACUCUUAGAGUUUCGAUUUAAUGUACGCCUUUGUGUGCAAUGAAACUCAAACUACUCCACCAUCUGCACGACGAUUAUCGCACAGAGGCCGAAGUGGAGGCUGCCUUGCUGGAGGUUUACAAAACGCGCCCGCCCCUCGCAAUGGUGGACUCCGACAAGGGCAUCACCAACCUCCACGUGCCGUCAGACAUUAUCAUCGACGCCAGCAUGCCGGUGGUGGUCCGGGAUAGCGGGAAAAUGUGGACCCCGGAAAACACGCAACAGGACGUAAAGUGCUGCAUUCCCGACCGGUCCUACGCGGGCAUCUACAAGGCCUGCCUCGAGUACUGCAAGAAAAACGGUCAGUUCGACGUGUCCACCAUGGGGAACGUCAGCAACGUGGCUAUCAAAUGCAAAAAUGUCUGGGUCUGGAACAUUGUCAUGCUAGUCUGGCAUGCCUCUGCACACUGUAUUGCGCGGCCACCAAGAGGUCCUCUUGCCUGUCAUGCUAAAGCGCAGUUUCUCAUGCGAAAUUGCAUCACAGAAGCACGAAAAAACGCCAACGCGUCAUGCUUGGCGGCGCAUUACAGAGCACUUAUUGUUCACGGACUUGCAUCACAAGUUUCCAGAACCAGGCAUUUUUGCACUUGAUAGUCGGGCUGAUGGCGCAGAAGGCGGAGGAGUACGGCAGCCACGAUAAAACGUUCGAAAUGAGCAGUGCCGGCGUGAUCGAAAUUACCAACGCGGCUGGUACCGUCUUGAUGUUAUGAGAGUCCACAACUCCCCCUCCCCCUCAUUUGUCAUGCAAAAUCCCAAAUCCAGUCCCUGCCUUGUAGCACUGUUUAUUGCAUGACAAAUUUUGAAAGCCCAAACAGUACUACAGUAGGCACAUGAAUGUGUCAUGCACAGGCUUCAGGGUCGCUGGCGUGUGUAUUGCUGUUCAUACAAUACAAAUGAGGGGGAGGGGGCGUUGUGCACUGUUAUAGAUGUCGCAGGCGGUCGCGAAAGGGGAUAUUUUCCGCGCCUGUCAGACGAAAGACGCCGCAAUCAAGGAUUGGGUGAAGCUGGCCGUCUCGCGCGCAAAAGCAACAAACUACCCAGCCGUCUUCUGGUAUACUGCUUGAAUUUACUUUGUCGCCAGGACGGCAGUUGCAAUUUGUAGGUCGGUUUUCUUCCGUAUAUGAGAGCAAAACGGAAGGAAAUAGAAAUAGUAAUAGAUACAACUAAAACUAAAAGCCUACCGCAUCUACUCCUUCCUAAUCCGGCUAUACUUGAGGUUGGACGCGUCGCGCGCGCAUGACGCGGAGAUUCUGAAGAAAGUGCACGUCUACUUGAAAGACCACGACACUACGGGUUUGGAAAUUUUGAUCAAAACCCCGGUGGAGGCCAUCGAAUACUCCAUGGAGCGCGCCACGAACAAGCAGUCCACGAUCUCCGUGACGGGCAACGUGCUGCGCGACUACCUGACGGACCUGUUUCCGAUCCUGGAACUCGGCACCUCCGCCAAGAUGCUCUCCAUCGUGCCGCAGCUCGCCGGCGGUGGCAUGUAUGAAACCGGCGCGGGUGGGUCGGCACCGAAGCACGUCGAGCAGUUUACCAAGGAAAACCACCUGCGAUGGGACAGUCUCGGAGAGUUCCUCGCCCUCGCGGUUUCCCUGGAGGAGCUCGGUGCGAAAACGGGUAACUCCAAGGGCGUGGUGCUCGCAAAAGCCCUUCACGCCGCGAACACGCGCUUCCUCGACUCGCGCGAGGCACAGGUGUCCCGAAAAGCCGGGGAGCUCGACAACCGGGGCAGUCAUUUCUACCUCGCACUCUAUUGGGCACAGGUAAGAACAACUCUAUGGUCGUAUUCUAGUAGGUCUAAGUAUCGGUUUACUUACAGUUGAAAUGCAUGUAGAUGUGCUGAUGUUCAUGUUGAUAAUCAAGAUCAAAACUAACAAAUGCAAAUCAUGAUCAUAAGUACACUGAAUAAACUCGUCGUCGACAUCAAAGGCGCUCGCCGAGCAAACGGAGGACGCGGACCUGCAGGGAAAGUUUGCGGGCGUGGUGGAAAGUUGGAAGGGCGCUACGGAACAAAUCGUGAAAGAGUUGAACGAGUGUCAGAAGGUGGCCGUGGAUCUCGGCGGGUACUACCACCCCGACCCGGUGAAGACGUCCGCGGCGAUGCGCCCCUGCAAGGUCUGGAACGACUUGCUGGAAAAGGCCGGGAAGGACGUGCAGGCCGACCCCAUCGUGUCUUCGCCGAGCAAGGGAAACCGCAGAAAGUCCUCCGGCGUGUGUUGCAUUGGCAGCGCGGAGGUGCCCGCCAACUGAAACAUGCAGCAGCCACUGGCUCUUGCGGAAGGCGUUCGCUUCAGGUCGAAGUACUGAAGCAGGACAGCAUGCUAUCUUCUGCUUUGGAUGCCAAGAACCGCAAGAUCAUAUCGACACAAACGAUGUAUCCUUUAUCAUCUUUAUUAUCGCAAGGGAAAAAACAACAGUCCAUUUGUGUAGACUUUUCAAUUUUUCAAGGAUAGUGAACAACUUGCACUGCUAUUGCGUCCCUCGUUCGUCCCUGAAGCAAUGAAACGAAACAUCUUGGCGGUAGUUAUCGCUGAGUGUACUUCUUUCAGGGGAUGAAAAUGAACUUGGGACAGCAGAAGCUCUGUGGUUGGAGAUCUAUUACCGCUAGGAUCAUAUCAGGGUUAACAAAGUCUAUUUGUAUAGCACACAAGACAAGUUGUGACAAGCUUUAUCGAUUCAACAAGUAUUUUCCUGCGCACAUUUAUGCGUAGCAGGUCUUUCACCCUUUUUUCUCUUUUCUUCGUGUGUAACCAAAGAAAAACAAAACCGCGGCACUUUGUGACCCCUGUGUUUAUUUUACGUCUGGCACCAUAAAAGGGAAACGAUCAUUGUAUUUCUUGACUUACUCAAACUCAUUUUCCGCCGGAAUGAACUCGCUUCCAGGCAACGAAACACUUUGAGAACUCCCAAAGUUGGAUUUCCAAAGACAAAGUUGGAAAAGAAGUCAUGGCGCCAGAAUGAAAGACGUAGUAAAGUCAUGCAAGUUUGCGCAUGGUGGUCAAAAAGAACCACUACAGUGAAGACUCUCACACCAACGCAGUUUUUCCCCGGGAUUUUGCUUGUGGAGGGACGUGGCGCUGCUACAGGCAAUUAAGAG